CCCCCCACCUCCCUCCCACUCCCCCGCCUCGCCAUCUCCGCGCCGCGGCCGCCCGGCGGCCCAGAUCCCACCGGCGAGCCGCACCAUGGACCGUCUCCGGGCCGGGAGCCCCGUCUACGGGCGGCAGCGGAGCGGGAGCAGCACCGGCUCCUCCUCCCCGGGCGGCGUCUCCCCCUCGCACCACCGCUCCUCCUCCACCUCCUCCGCCGCCUCCGCCGCGGGCGCAGCUGGCAUCUCGAACGUGCGCCGCACGCAGAACGUCGCCGCGCGCGCCGCGGCGGCGAGGCUGGCGCAGGUCAUGGCCUCGCAGAACGCCGCCGCGGCCACCGGCGACGACGAUGAAGACGACGACUACGCCGCGGACCACCCGCCACCGGCACCCAUGAGGUUCGGAGGUGGCCGGACAGCGCACGGGAGCAACGGCGUCUCCCUGCUUGGCCGCACCGCGAGAUCUCCCUCCCCUGCGUUAGGUCGGAACAUUGUAGAACCACCUCCGACCGUCCGCUCAUCAUCAGCAGGCAGGCCAUCUGUUGCAUCACGACCGACCACCACAGUGGUGCCACCGAUCAAAACCAACACGACAUUGCGAACCCCGUCCCCUAUACCUCCCGUGGCUGUGGAGCCUCCAGCAGAUCGCACUCGGCAGAAAAGGUUUGAUGCAGGGCUUCAUAGCUCCAGAGAAUCAGGAUUAAAAAGAGAGGCAUCCACUCUUCAAGAUGAGCUUGACAUGCUACAAGAGGAGAAUGAGAGUGUUCUAGAAAAGUUGCGACUUGCUGAAGAAAAAUGUGAGGAAGCAGAAGCUAGAGCCAAGGAGCUUGAGAAACAGGUAGCUGCUCUUGGAGAAGGAGUGUCACUAGAAGCUCGCCUCUUGAGCAGGAAGGAAGCAGCACUUAAACAGAGGGAGGCUGCACUAAAAGCUGCAAGGGAAUCAAAGGAUGGUAGAGAGGAAGUAACAACACUAAGGCAAGAACUUGAGUCUGCCAAAGAAGAAGUUGCAUCAGCAUUUGACCAGCUAAAGGAGGCAGAGUCUGAAACGAAGGCUCUCCGGUCCAUGACUCAGAGAAUGGUCUUAACUCAAGAAGAAAUGGAGGAGGUUGUUCUAAAAAGGUGCUGGCUUGCACGCUAUUGGGGUUUAGCAGUUCAGUAUGGAGUGUAUCCCGAGAUCGCGGUAUCAAAGCAUGAACAUUGGUCAUCGUUGGCUCCUCUUCCCCUCGAGGUUGUUCUCUCUGCUGGUCAAAAGGCUAAGGAGGAACCUCGGAAACAAGGUGAUGAUGCUCAAGGGAGAAAUAAGCUUGCACGAGAAAUGAGUGAUGUAAUGGGAGAAGGCAAUAUAGAGAGCAUGCUUUCAGUUGAAAUGGGGCUUAGAGAGCUUUCUUCAUUGAAGGUGGAAGAUGCUGUUGUAGUUGCACUUGGCCAACAUCGCAGACCUAGCAUAGUUCGGCAGUUCACAUCAGAUUUUAAAUCACCUGGCGAACCUAAAUAUCUGGAGGCAUUUGAUCUUAGCCCAGAAGAAGCUGAAGAUGUUAGCUUCAAGCAGGCAUGGCUUAUAUACUUCUGGAGAAGAGCCAAAACUCAUGGUGUCGAGGAAGAUAUUGCUGAUGACCGGCUUCAAUUUUGGAUUGGUCGCAAUGCACAAGCUCCAAAUUCGCAUGAUGCUAUAGAUGUGGAGAGAGGUCUAACAGAGCUCAGGAAAUUGGGCAUAGAACAGCAAUUGUGGGAGGGUUCACGAGCAGAUAUAGAUCAAGCUUCUUUGGCGAUGGAGAACUAGUAAGAAUUUGCCAUGGUUGUCUAUGCUCCGUGUAUUAUCCCAUUUUUGGAGAAACGGGAACUCUGGUUCCCGACCGGUCUCGAGCCCUUGCAUCAUCAGAUAUCACAGAAUAGUGCUUCGAUCUUGGGGCAUCGAGCGAUGAACUUGCCCAAUUUCCAACAAGUUUGUGUAGUGCAUGUGCAAGCGAUUCAUCUGUUGUUGAAAUAGCUUUGUGAAAUGUGUAAUAGUUUUGCCUCGGCAAGAGAAACAACGACGGCCUCACUUCGAGCAAUUGUGAAUUUUGUGAUUAUUGCCCCUGUUUAUUCUCUGUAUCAAGCUCAAUCAUCCAGUGCCGAGGAACGUUUGCAACAGAUGAACAAAAGAAAUUUCUGUAUCAUACUCCUGCAUGUUUUGUGUCGGUGGCCUUCGAGUUUAGGCUUGA